AUGAGGCUUGAAGAUUUGAAGCUUAAUCUGAAUUCUUUGAACAAUCGCAGCCACAAUGUCUCUGCAAAAGCCAAUCCCCGUUCUUUCAAGCGUCCACGUUCCUCCGAUUAUGAUUACGAUUCCGAUUCCCAUCCCCAUCCAGCUGGGGUUUUGAAUCAGCAAACGAAGAGGAGGGUGAAGAGGCUGAGGCAGCUGCCUAAGGCUGAAGAUAUUGAUGAAGUAGAUAAUGGCGGGUUGGCUCCCUUGAAGGCAGUUUUUGAUCAUGGAGUUUCUGAGGUUUCUUCUAGUAAUUUCAGUAGCUGCAAGUCGCCAGUGACAGUACUCCAUCAUGCCUCUCCUGUCAACGCCACAACAUCCGAUGAGAUUAAUCUGUCGCCACGAAGGGCUGCUCGGGUUGCAAUGCUGAAGGCACGGUUUGCAGGUACCAUCUUCAAAGCCAAACAAGAGGUUCUUUACAGUGGCUCUGAUGGUCUUGAAAACACCGAAGAUGAGAUCAAGAAGUUUAGGGCUGCUGAGAUGAUGAAAGCCAAUGAGUACAUCAAGGAGCAACGACAACGAGAUAGAGAAGCGGCUCGGCUUGCCCUCGAAGAGAUGGAGAGAAAUGUUGUCAUUGAUGAUAACUUCAAAACGAUGAGAGACUUUGAGAUGUUAAUUUCUGGCGCCAAUUGCUAG